AUGAUUCUUAUUAAACUUGCUAGAAGAUUUUGUGUAUUGAAUGAAAAUCAAUACUCAAAAGUAUCUGCUGCAUUUUUGGAUGUAUGAUUUACAUAGAAAAUUGCAGAACAGUGUGAAGAGCUUGAAUGCUUCGAAGAUGUUGAGCUGUCUGAUGGUGUUGUGACACUAAAGUGCAAGGAGGAAAAAACUUAUAUUAUCAACAAGCAAAGCCCAAAUAAACAAAUUUGGCUGUCAUCUGGUCAAGCAUAGGUAGAACCAGACACCCCCACCCCCCUUUCACAGAUGGCACCCCCCAAACCCCCCCUCUCGGGUUUAUCCUAUAGAAGUAAUUGAUAGAAAGCAAGCAGAAUAAAUUAAAUAUAAUCCAAUUAAACACUAUAUUGAUAAAUUAAGUCCACAAAUUACUUUAUAUUUAUGAUUAAUUAAUAAAUUUAAAUUAAUUAGCAAUUAAUUAGAAAAUAUAUUAAAUUUGUUUUUUAUAUUUAUAAAUAUAAUGCCAAAGAUAUAGAUAAUGGCGUUAAUUAUUAAAUUAGCCAAGCACAAUACAAUAACUUGCAUUAAAUUUAUUGAUUCAUAAAUUAAAGCUAAUCUGAUUACCAUUGUACAAGGAUUGAAUGACUGAAUUGGUAACAGGAUUCAAUAGUGCUAAUAAAAUAGUACUUGCUAUUGUCAGUUUUACUUUUGGAUCUCUAAUUCGACUUUUAGCCAUUCUUCCACAAAGUUCAUAAAUAAAUGCCUUUACCUUUACCUUUAUAGCUCAACAGGCAAUGCCUGCAGCAAAACCCUUUAUGGGUUUUUUUAUUUUCCUAAUUAAUCAAUCCUCUAUUUUAAACUGCCUUGUCCCUUCACUUUUCUUCGUCAAUAGCUCGUCCUUCUCCUUUAUCAGUUUAUGCUUUUUUGCUCUUGAAAUUAGUAUCUCCUCAUGGAAGUGCUUGAUAGCCCUGUCUACCGCGUCAACGCUUGCAUUUUCAUUUUCCUUUUCUCAUUUCUCUAAGUUCAGCUCGAAUCUAUGUCCAUAUAGUACUGUUUCAGCUAGUCCAACUUCCCAUCACGGAUAUUCAAUAAGUUGCAGUCUUUCUAAUAGUCUUUUUCUUUUGUCAGCAUAUUGCGGGCAGCUUUCAACUAUGUGUAUCUCCAUUUCUUCCACCUUACACAUUUCACAAUUCAUAAAUAUAUGCAGGAUAUACUGCUAAUUAAUACCAAAGAUCAUUAUUAUGCUUUUUAACAAAUUUCUUCAGAUGUGGUGUCUUAGUAGCUAUAGGAAUUUCUUACCCCAUUCCACCUACUCCUUAAUAAAUUGUGCUACGCUAUGUGAAUAUUGUAUAAAUCAGUAAUUUUGAAUAUUUAAAAUAAUAAUUUAUUUAUUACGUCUGCUCUAAAUUGGCAUUUGCCAUAUAUUUAUGCUAUAUUAAGGGGGGUGGGGGUGCCAUUAAAAGGGGGGUGGUGGUACCAUUUUUUAGGGGGGGGGGUUUGGGGUACCACUUUUAGGGGGGUGGGGGUGUAUGGUUGCGACCUAUGCUUGACCAGUCAUCUCCUAUCAGUGGGCCAAAAAGAUACGAUUUUGUGAAUAAUGGCUGGGUUAAUGCUACUGAUGGGCACAAGCUUAUCGACCUCUUAUCAAAAGAGCUUUCUUCCAUCUAUAAACAAGAAAUAAAGCUGCAGGACUAA